ACUCAACAUUUGUACCCUUCCAAAUUCUUCCGAUCAACAGCUUAUCCCAAGUGCAAUUGCAUAAAAAACAAGGACACCCAAAUUGUCCCCGAGGUAUUUAGCUUCCUCCCCGUAUUUUGAUAUUGUUAAUUAAAAAGUGCAAAAGAAAUUUGAUAGAAAUGAAAGUUUGGUAUUUUGCGAUGGUAAGCAGCGAACAUUUACGUCCCACUUUUUGGUUCCAAGAGUCAAUUUUUUUUAUUCUUGAAGUAUCAGAGAAAAGGGAAAGCCCAAUAAACAAUGAAAAUGUCAUGGGCAGUUUCUCGAAUUUUCUAUUGAUGUGUAGGGUGUUGAAUUUGAAAUCUAGUAGCUGAGAUGAAAUAGAAGUGAAAAAAAGUGGAUUAGAAGCGAAUCAACGAUUUAGAGUAAAUGGUUUUGGCGUCAGUGUGAUUUUUUUAAAAAUGUACGUUCUUUUUACAUGCGUUUAUGUGGUCUAAGCUGAAAGCAAUAGGUUUGGUUAUACCCACCGAAAACAGCUAAAUCUGCCUCAGCAAUGAAGGGGGAGAUGAAAAAGGUAGUUAGUUUGGAGCUCUGCUGCUAAGGAACUUGUUUCUUGUUUUAUGAUCAUUCGACAAGUUUAAUGUAGCUUCCCAAAGUUUGAACAAUUUGACAUGUUAUUGUUAAUCAUUGUUGAGUAAAGGGAUGGACCAGACUCUAUUUCUACAUAAAAGUGGGCUACUUGGGGGGUCCUAACUUGCUAUGGAGAAUUUGUACCAAACACUUCGGCCUAAAAGGAAUGAGCAACAAUGAUAUGAGAAGAUGAGGUGCCUCGGCCAACCUCAUUUAAUUAGUAACUGCAUCCAGGAUGUUCAGGUGUGCUUUGAGCCCCCUCAUUUCAUAAAUUGAAGCAAAGGUUUAGGAUUUAACCUGAUGCUACACAGGGUCAGAUAUAUAAGCUUAUUAUAUACCCACAAAGUAAGUGAGGACAGACUCUGGAUCACAUUGCUGCAAUUUUUUGUCCAAACAUAGGUAAUUUGAAGUAAAAAACUGUCUUGGUAAUUGGAACUCCAGAAGCAGAAAGCGAAUUUGCAUUACAGAUGGAUUCAUCAUGGCAAAUUGUUUGAUGUAUACAGAUUUUGAAUAGAUCAAAAAUCCAAAAGGAAUAAACCCAAGCAGGGAGCUAAGUCUUAAAAGCCAUGAGAUAAAUCAUAUUUGAACUGAAUAUGAUCCCAAAGACGUCUCAGAUGGGUAAUAUGGUUGAAAACUCAGUCGAAAUUUCUUGAAAAAUAGUAAAUUUGUAUUUUAAAGAUCAAAUAAGCUCCAUUGAGUAAUGAACAUGGAAAUGGAUAGUCAUGACUCACGAAAUGGGAUUCUCGGUCCUUAAAUCGGAUAAUCAUUGUGAUAGGGGAAGUUUGUGGAGCAGUAUGGCUUUCUACCUGUUCAGUGUUCAUGUUCCUUUCAGUUUUGGUGGCUUGUCUGCUGUUACCAGCAUAAUGCAUUGUUCAGUUCUUGAUCCACAAACCGAGGCAUUAUCCUUAGUUGUGCUUCAGAUGUUAGAGCUUAUUGUGGUUCUGCUUUUUUUAAGAUGUACCGGGAAGCCCCAAUACAAGCUUCGUGAUUUCCUUCAAGAGAAGCAAUCAACUAGAGAAAGGAACUGGUUACUUGCAUCAGCUCUUGGCUUCGGGUUCCUGGUUCUUUUGGUUUACGUAACAUCAAUUAUUGCUGACAUGUUGGUAGGUACUAAGGAAGUUAACAAUCCAAUCUUGAAGGAAAUUCUUUCGAGUGGUCCAAUAUCGAUAACAUCAUGCAUUCUGGUCUACUGUGUCAUCACCCCUUUGCUAGAAGAGAUUGUCUACCGAGGGUUCUUCUUGACCGCGCUUUCCUCCACAAUGAAGUGGCAGGAAGCAGUGAUUGUUAGCUCAGUAGUUUUUAGUGCAGCUCACUUCUCUGCUGAAAAUUUUAUACAAUUGUUCAUCAUAGGCUUAAUCCUUGGAUGCUCUUAUUGUUGGAGUGGAAACCUAAAGUCUUCUAUUGUAAUUCAUUCAUUAUACAAUGCUUUAACCUUAUUAAUAACAUAUGCAUCAUGAGUUGUUGAUCUUUGA